UCGGAAUAUAUUUUUUCUGUCUAAUAAAGAAGGCACCUAAAUGGGAUUAAAAGCAUAUGACAAGACAGAGACAGACAGGUAAAUAAGCGCGCUUAUUUAAGGGGAAGUGAAUGUAAAGGAGUAGCAGAGGUAUACCAAAGAGAACGUCCGUUUCACCCAAAGAAACACAAAUAAACGGCAGGAACUCAUCGGCAGGGUAUUGUUUUCUCCUUACAAUUCGCGCCUUUUCUUAUAUUCAAUUAAUCUUUUAUUACAAAAACUUGAUGAGUUUGGCUCCCACUGUCUCUGGAUGUGUAUGCAGUCCGGCUCUACAACUGCAAAUGGCAUUUUCAGUUUGGCGGCCAUAUUUAGCUGUCUGAUCAGACCCUCUAAAUAUAGAUUCCUUUUUACCAGAAACAAACCUCCUAAAAAACAUAUCCAUCCAAAAAAAGGAAAACUUUUCGAAACAAAAAGAAACUCCCCUUUCUUCUUACAAACUGGGAGGGAUUGUUUUGUCCUCGUCCUCCAUCUUCUUCGACAUUGACUGCACCUCCUCCUCCCCCUUCUGCUGCAUUUCCUUGCUUUUAUAAAACUAACCCUCUUCUUUACUUUUGAAAACAAAUACAUUUAUUUGUUUUUCAACCUUGGUUUGCUGCGGCAAAAUGCACCAGAGUCUUGUAGGGUUCUUGAUCGUCUCUCUUGGGUUCCUGUCCACCCUCGCCCAUUCAAAGACUAAUUCCCAGGAUGUCUCUGCUCUUAAUGUGAUGUUUACCGGCUUAAAUUCUCCUUCACAACUAAGCGGUUGGAAAUCAAGUGGUGGUGACCCUUGUGACGAUUCUUGGGAAGGGAUUACUUGCUCCGGCUCAUCUGUGACUCAAAUAAAGUUAUCUGGCCUUGGACUAUCUGGAUCAAUGGGCUACCAGUUAUCAAACUUGAAAUCUGUCACCUACUUUGAUAUGAGCAAGAACAACCUCGACAAUGACAUACCAUAUCAGCUUCCUCCUAACACAGCUCAUUUAGACCUUUCUAAUAAUGGCUUCAGUGGAAAUGUGCCUUAUUCGAUCUCACAGAUGACUGACCUCGAAUAUCUAAAUCUUGGUCAUAACCAGCUAAAUGGACAGUUGAGUGACAUGUUUCAAAAGCUUCCAAAACUUAAAUCAUUGGAUUUAUCCUACAACUCUCUUUCAGGCAAUCUGCCGCAGAGUUUUGCAUCACUUUCAAGUCUUAACACAUUGCGUUUGCAAGACAAUAAGUUCACUGGUUCAAUAAAUGUCCUCGCGGGCCUUCCUCUUGAUACUUUGGAUGUUGAAGACAACGAGUUCUCUGGAUGGGUCCCUGAUGAGCUGGAAGGCAUUGAAAACAUAGAAACUGGAGGAAAUUCUUGGUCGUCGGGUCCAGCUCCUCCUCCUCCACCUGGUGCAAAAUCUAUUUCAGCAAAACAAAAGGAACACGAGAAAGGUGCAGGUGGGAAGGAUGGCAUGAGUGGGUUAUCUAUAGCUCUAAUAGUUCUGGCUUCAUUGGUGGUAGUUGCACUCCUGAUUAUUCUAUUUUCAACAAGAAAAUCUUCUCCAUCUUCACAUUUUCUCGAUGAAGAAAGGGCUAGCCAGCGUAGAGCCUUUACGCCCCUUUCAUCUCAGGAAUUAUCCAAUGACUCACAUAGUGCUAUGCGCAAAGAGUUUAGAGAAACUGAGCCAUUUGAUUCAAUUGCGAUCGAUAUCAAGACAAUGCAAAAAUCUCCUUCCGUCAGUUAUAAGCCUCCACAUUCUGAUUUUGCACAAUCUUUAAAUGACAAUGAGUUCGCAAGCCAUCUGAAUGCCAGAAGAAACACCUCUGUUCGUGCUGUUUCUUAUUCUUUGGCAGACUUGCAGACGGCUACUGGUAAUUUUGCAAUGGGGCGUCUUCUUGGUGAGGGAUCCAUCGGCCGUGUUUAUAGGGCCAAAUAUCCGGAUGGAAAGGUUUUAGCUGUGAAAAAAAUUGAUUCGUCACUUUUUCAAAGUGGGCGCCCAGAAGAAUUUUCAGGAAUUGUUUCAAGCAUCUCAAAAGUCUACCAUCCAAACAUUGCUGAACUUCUGGGUUAUUGUUCAGAACAAGGGCACAACAUGUUAAUAUAUGAGUAUUACAGGAAUGGCUCACUUCACGACUUCCUGCACAUGUCAGAUGACUACAGCAAGCCACUAACUUGGAACACCAGAGUCAGAAUUGCAUUGGGCACAGCCCGGGCUGUAGAGUACCUCCAUGAAGUUUGUUCUCCGUCCUAUGUCCACAAGAAUAUCAAGUCAUCUAAUAUUUUGCUCGACCUUGAGCUUAAUCCUCAUCUUUCAGACUAUGGGCUGGCCAAUUUUCACCAUCGCACAAGUCAAAAUCUCGGCGUAGGGUACAACGCUCCAGAAUGCACAAGGCCUUCAGCCUAUACCUCGAAGAGUGACAUUUACAGCUUCGGAGUGGUGAUGCUGGAGUUAUUGACGGGUCGAAUGCCUUUUGACAACUCAAAACCAAGAUCAGAACAAUGCCUAGCCCGUUGGGCUACUCCACAACUGCAUGACAUUGAUGCAUUGGCAAAUAUGGUGGACCCUGCUUUACGUGGACUGUACCCUACCAAGUCACUCUCUCGAUUUGCUGAUAUCAUUGCCCUCUGCGUACAGUCGGAGCCUGAAUUCCGGCCGCCAAUGUCAGAGGUGGUGCAAGCGUUGGUACGGUUAGUUCAACGGUCGAGUAUGAAGAUGAGAGAUGAUCUUGCGGCUUCUGUGAGGACUGAGGAGUCUGACUACUAGUGUAUGGAAUAUGCGUCGUGCUUUAGGAAUUCUUCUUCUUCUUAUUUCAAUAAAACAAAGAAAAAUGGUUUUAUGGAAAAGACAUGCAAAGAUUAAUUAAAUAUAUUCUCCAA